AUGGCCACACUCAACCAGGAUACGACAACGGUUGUUCUCAACCAGCCCAACAACUCAGGAUUGCACAUCGCCUUACAUCCGCUGACACUGCUUAAUAUCUCGGACCAUUACACGCGAACUGCUAUACAGCAAGCAGACGGAGGCUCUGUUCAUGUCAUUGGAGCCUUGCUUGGCAUUCAAUCUGGACGUGAAGUGGAAAUAUUCAACUCUUAUGAACUGCUGUUUAAUCUGCAAGCGGACGGCUCUAUUCGAAUUCACGAGGAGUACUUUGUCACAAAGCAGGAGCAAUUCCGACAGGUGUUUCCAGCCUAUGAUUUCCUGGGAUGGUACGCUAUCGGACAUAAGCCAUCCAUGAUUGAUAUCGACGUGCUACAGCAGCUCAUGGUCUACAAUGAAAGUCCUCUCUUCCUGCAGAUGGACCCGAAUGAGAUCCCGACACCAGCGCGCUCUCUUCCCAUCACCGUAUAUGAAUCUAUUGUUGAUAUUGUUGACAAUCAGCCCCAGCCAAUGUUCAUUAAGGCUGUCUACAAAGUCGAAACGGGCGAAGCAGAGAGAAUCGCUGUCGAUCAUGUUGCGCACGCUGCUACUCAUCAGGAUGGCGAAAGCUCUCUUGUCGCACAUCUCUCUGGACAACAGAAUGCGAUAAAAAUGCUCGACACCCGUAUCAAACUUCUUCAUGAAUAUCUGCAGGACUCCGUCCAAGGCCAUGUUCCCAGAGAUCACGACCUGGAGCGACAAAUAUCAAGUUUAUGCAACCGUUUGCCCACUAUUUCCGGGCAGGCAUUCGAAGAGGAAUUCAUGACGGAGUACAACGAUGUCCUUUUGACCUCUUACUUGGCUACCAUCACCAAAGGCACGCAUGCUAUGAGUGAGAUGGUGGACAAAUUCAAUGUUGUUGCGAACAAUUCAUCGCAUCAAAGUCAUGGACGUCCUCGACGCGGGAUGCUAGCCUAA